UUAUUAGAAGUGUAACGAAAGGAACCUGCCUAGGACUGACUGAGCCUUUCAUGAAGGAAGCAGCAGGCAAAAUCGGCCUGUCAGUUGCGAGCGGCUCCCAGGCCUGCUCCGUUGUGGGAUAGCUCUUCUUGGCUGUCAUCCCCAGUGCAGUGAGCAGUUUCAGUUCGGACCUCCAUAGUAUUUCUUGAUAAGAAGAUGAUGCAAGAUAGCCCGAUAUAUAUCCCUACAGAUUCAACCCAUGGUGCUGUGGACUCUCACUUGUCCCAGGAAAUCAGCACCACUGCCACUGCCUCUGAACAUCUGGGUGAGUCAAACAAUGAGAGCACAGCAAGAUAUAGUGAAGGAGAAGAAAACAAAAUGAGGAAAAAGGCACUGCCUAUGGACUGUGCGCCAGCACCAAAUGAGAAAUUAGAACAAGCACAGAAGAUGGCAGAAAAGUUCAUUAAAGAAAAAGAGGUGUAUAAAGCCAACAGGGAACUUAUUCGAUGUGUGGCUCUUACUAGAAUUAUCUAUGGAGAUGGUCACUGGCAACUGGCACAAGCAUUCGCCAACCUGGCUCACAGCUAUUUAAUACUUCAAGGUCUUCCUGCACAGGCCAUAGAGCAUGCGGAAUCAGCCAAACAUACCAUGCUGACAGGGAUUCGUACAUCUCCAGCAACUCCAGAGGACAAAAGAGAAAUAUUAGGAACUCUUGUGACUAUCUACUUUACUUUGGGCGUAGCACAUCUGGCACAGAACAAUGGCAAAGAAUCCUACCUCAGUCUGCAGAAGGCAGAGAGACUCAUGGAAGAACUUCAAGAACUGGAUGGGAGAGUGAUCAUGGGAUUAAAAAUAUCUGAGAAAGAUUUAGUCAUUGCAUUGGGCAGGACAUGUUUGCAGCAAAACAAGUUGGACUUUGCCGUAAGUUAUUUUGAAAAAGCUGUUGAUGCAGUAAUUUCAAUGGAAGGCGAUAGGGCUCCAGAACUGAUAAAUCUUUAUCAGAAAAUUGCCCGAAGUGAGCAACUGAAGAAAAACCAUGAAAGAGCCAUAGCAUAUUUAUUACAGGCCCAUUCCAUUUGCAUGGCUCUGCACAAGAAACUUAGUGUUGAAGCUGCUCAGACAGGCUUGUUGCUGGGCAAAGCUUAUGCUGCAACUGGAGACCAGCAGCAUAUUGGAGUGGCUGAAAUGUAUUUUACAGAGAGUCUGAUUGCAUAUCAGGCAGCAUUGGGUGCGAAGGAUUCCCUGACACUUACGGCCAUUGAGGAAUUCAGUAAAUGGCUUGUAUAUGUAGGGAAAAAACAGCAGGCCUACAGGCUGCUGAAAGAUUCACUGAAGUCCAUAAUAGACACCUAUGGUGAUUUUAGUGAGAAGGUAGCUGAAACUUACCAUAUCAUGGGCAGUAUCUGCCUGGCAGAGGGAAAGAUGAGAGAGGGUUACCAGCUGUUCAAUAAGUGUUUGCAGAUUCAAAUAGCUGUUUAUGGGCCUCGCAACAGGAAACUGAAAGAGACGCAAGAGCUCCUGACCGCAUUAGAGAGGUCUCCAACUGUCCAUGAAGGGAACAGACUUGUGAAGUAGAAAAGACAGAUGGUGCUAAAUCAUACUGUUGGCAAAAAUCUUGGAUCCUUAGUUUCUGGUUUCAUGUGCUGUCACAAUUGCUAAGUUGGAGGAUUAAUUGGAGAACUCAGGUACAUUGUAAUCAGGUACUUGUUAUAAUCAACUCAACAGAAAGUUCUGUAAAUGUUUACUUUAGUUUAGGAAAAAGCAUCAACCUUCCAGGUAUACUUCCCCCUCUUAUUCUCCUUUCAUUUUAUUUCUAUAUAUUUAAGGUCUUGGUCUAAUGGUAGCAUAUCAGAUAUUUUACUGCGUAUUAAAAAAAUGGGCAUAAGUUACAAAAGUCUUGCAUGAAUGACUCACUUUGGAAAAGAUCUUUGGAUCUCUAGCUGCAACUCUGAUCUUCCUAUUUUGAUGUAAAAGCAGCAAAGAAUCUGUGGCACCUUAUAGACUACCAGACGUUUUGGAGCAUGAGCUUUCGUGGGUGAA